AUGGAAAGUGGCACUACUCAAAUUCUAAGUUUGCCUAAUGAAGUAUUAUAUCUCGUUCUGAAAAAACUCAACAAUGUCAAUGUACUAUGCUCACUUGUUGGAAUUCAUGACAGACUCGACAGACUUGCAUAUGAUGUGAACUUUACUCAAACCAUUAAUCUAACUACGGUGUCACCAAAUGGCUCACACAAAUCACUAGCGGACGAUAUUGUGCAUCGAUUUUGCUCAGUAAUUUUACCUCAGAUAUGUGUUAACGUAAAAUCUUUAAUUGUUCAAGCAAAAAUAUUCGAAGACGUCCUUCGCACAAAGAACUGUCCCAACUUACAAAUGCUGACUCUUCACAAUCUGCAACAUAAAGUGGCUGCUCGGAUUUUUACUAAAAACUCGUCGUUUGUUCGAUAUUAUAAACAUCAAAUCACGCGGUUAGUGAUAACGAUAAGCGAUAGAUUCGGAAUGAGAUCAGUAGAAACCAUUAUAUGUCGAACCUAUGUUGCUAUUAUUAUGUGGUUUUCAAGGCUACGUCAUUUAAGUGUGGACGGUGGUGAUGGCAGUUACUAUUCACGAAGAUUACUUCGUGGUUUAUCACCUUCAAGAUGUUAUUCUUCUGGCAUUGUUUACUUAUCGAUCGAUAUAAAAGAUCUGGAUGACUGUCUGUGCUUACUUGAUGGUCGUCUUAGUCAAUUGGAAACAUUACUGGUGAAAAUUCAUCAAGUUCGUUAUUCAAGGAUUACAAUUAAUAAUGAGAGUACUCUACUGAAAUUGAAAUGCUUUUCAAUGAAAAUAUGUCGUCCAACUCUUGAUUUUCACGAUAAAGUUGUACCAAUUCUUCGUCGAAUGUCAAAUCUAGAAAAGUUAACAUUGUGUUGUCGUGUUCGUCGACGAAAUUCAUUUAUUGAUGGUCAUUAUCUCACUAAUGAAAUUACUCGUCAUAUGGCUCGUCUUCAUGAGUUUAUGUUCGAUAUUAUCAGCAUCGAGUCAAGAAUUUCUGCCUAUCCUCUGCCAUGUUCAGAUGAUAUUCGACGAACAUUUGUUGAGAAUGGAUAUCAGGCUGAUUGUUAUGUUGAGUAUUGUAAUAUUGGAAUCGGACGAUGUCACAUUUAUUCGCUUCCGUUUACAAUGGAUCGUAUACAAUGCAUUACAUCGAGAUUUACCGGUGGAAUGUUUAUGAAUGUUCGCCUUUUACGCUUCGCGGAUUUUGAUCACUCGUUUGAAAAUGCGUUUUUCGCUCUAAUCGCACGUUCUUUCCCAUCGCUACGUGUCUUAUCAUUGUCGAAUACGUGCAAAGAUUAUCGCAAAAGAAUUUGUAAAUUCGACAAUAAGAUCCAUGAACGUCAAAUGUUGAAAACGCGUGCAGCAAGUGAUACUCCUGCAAAGAAAUCUAAAUUCCUGGAAACGGAAAUGCAUUGGAAUCCGACUGAAAAAAUCCCAAAAUCCGGGAAAUUCAUGUUUCGGAUCCGUCGAAUUCCUGUAGGAUCUGGUGAAAUCCUAUACUGGAUCCGAGUAUGGGAUUGUUCGACCUGGGUUGAUGAUCGCGCCAUUGUUGAAGCUUGCGAUGUGGCAUCCGAUGGAAGAAUUUAUCUAACGAAUUCAAGUGGAAUGAGUGGAACGUAUCUCAGUUUAGCAAAGGAUAUCUACAUUGAAUUGAAUGAAGCACAUCCAUUAGAUAUGAAAGGACUUCAUGAUAUUUAUCUGCCUGAAUUACAUACUGGAAGACCAAUUAAUAUUGAUUAUGUUGAUGAUCGAAUUGGUACACCGUAUGUUCGUGUGAAUCCUGAACGGACCAAAGGAAUCGUUCUAACGAAUAAGUUUGACGAAGCAAGUUUUAAAAUUGCUAAUCAUAUUCUCGACUUUAUUCUUCAUGAAGUUGAACAUGGAAGGAUUCCGAAGGGUUUACUUCCAUUUCAAUCCGGUGUUGGAAAUGUCGCUAAUGCCGUGUUAGCUUGUAUAGCGAAAGAUAAUCGCUUCAAAUCGAUUGAAAUGUACACCGAAGUUAUUCAAGAUUCGAUCUUUGAUCUAUUAGAUAGUGGAAAACUUCGUUUUGCAUCAACAACUGCAUUGACCUUUUCUCCCGAAGGCCAGACACGAUUCUUCAAGGAACUAAAUGAACUCAAAUCAAAAUUUAUUCUACGACCAAUGGAAAUUUCAAACAAUCCCGAGGUUAUUCGUCGAAUGGGCUUGAUUACAAUGAACACAGCACUGGAGGCUGAUAUCUAUGGAAAUGUGAAUUCCACACAUGUUUUAGGUUCAUCGAUGAUGAAUGGAAUUGGUGGCAGUGGAGAUUUUACACGGAAUAAGUAUAUCUCCAUCGUCAUGGUUGCUGGAUGUGCAAUCUUUAAGAGAAGCUCGUACCAAUAA